GAUUUAAGCCCUAGUAUGCAUUGCUGGGGCUAUAAUGGCAUGUAUCAUCAACUGGUACUAGAACAAUUUUUUUUUUCUUUCAGCCCAAGUGGUAAGAAAUUCAGGAGUAAGCCUCAACUGGCUCGCUAUCUCGGAAACAGUUUCGAUCUCAAUAGCUUUGACUUUCGAACCGGGACGAUGAUGCCUAAUAAAUUACAGAGGAAUAAACAGCGUCUUCGGAAUGAAGCCAUAAAUCAAGCAAAGGGGAAAUUAGAUUUGAACACCACCCUGCCAAUAAGACAAACUGCAUCCAUUUUCAAGCAGCCAGUAACAAAAGUUACAGAUCACCCGAACAACAAAGUAAAAUCAGAACUGCAGAGAGUAACAGAACAACCACAACAGCUGUUUUGGGAGAAACGACUGCAGGGUUUAAGUGCCUGUGACAUAGCCGAGCAGAUCAUUAAAUCAAUGGAACUUCCCAAAGGAUUGCAAGGUAUUGGUCCUGGUCAUACAAAUGAGGUGCUAUUGUCUGCAAUAGCAAGUGCUUUGCAUACCAGUUCUGGACCCAUUACAGGGCAAGUGUCUGCAGCUGUAGAGAAGAACCCAGCAGUUUGGCUUAACACUUAUCAACCACUCUGCAGAGCAUUUGUUGUCACAGAUAAGGAUAUCAGGAAACAGGAGGAACGAGUACAGCAAGUGCGGAAAAAACUGGAGGAAGCUCUAAUGGCAGAUGAAUUAGCACGAGCGGAGGAAGCAACAGAAGAAAGACGCUUGGACCGAGAGCAAUAUGAUGCACAGGGGUAAUUGUAUUCAAUUUUGCACUUGAUAAUCUCAGAUACAUGAAAUUGAAGAUUACAUCCAAGUACGUUGCGUCAAAAGAAGUCAGUCCAAGUCGAUCAAAAUCUUCAGUGACAGUGCUGAAAAAGGAUCAGUGCAUUACAUAAUCCUUGAUCAGAUUUUUAAAUGGGACGGGAAGAUUCACAAGAGCAGCAAGACCAAUGUAACCACUUAAUUGUUGAUUUCACUUUAAUGUGCUGUGCACAAACUCAGCAAUAAUCUUUGAGAUUUUUCUGGUUGAAAUAAUGCUCAACUCUGGAAUGAAGUAAGAAUAGCACUUCUUAAGUUCAUAAUCACAACCUGUUUCUAAGUUACAUCCUCUUUCUGCUCCCCACCUCCUUGCCCCUCCCUCCCUUUGUUCUUAUGCUUCCUGUCUCCACUCAUUCUACUUCCUUCUUCUCCUUAUUCUACUUUAAUCUUCCUCUUUCUCCUGCUUGGUCCUCCCUACUCUCUUCACCUUCAAUUUCCCACAUUCCACCCCCUCCCCAAAGAAACUUAGUUGGUCAGCUUGGAGAAGAUUAGAAUUGUAUGCAGUUCUAAAAUGUACUGGUGAGAAGCAAAACUCACAGUAACAAUUUAGCUGAUGAGAGUAUGAAUCAGGAAUACAAUACACUUCAUUAAAGAAGGCAAGGGAAUCCCCGAGGGUUAAAAAGUUACAAUGUUAUAAGGCUGAGUUUAGUUCAACAACACUUUAAAGCACCAGAUUUUGUUUAAGUAUUGAAAUAUGUGUUAAAUAUAUUUUUAAAAAACUUUUUCUUCAGUUAAUAUCUUUGUAAAAACAAUCAAAAAUCUGUGACAUAGUGCAAUGUAAUAUUCUCUACUGAAUUUAAAAAAUAUUUUUGUGCUGUAUAUAAAUGAUUGCCUGUUUAUCAUGUGGCCUGGGAUUCAGUAAUCUACAGCUUUAUGACUGAGUAAAGCUAAAAGGAUAUAUAUUUAAAUAGAUUUUUAUAAUUAUUUACUGAAAGCACUUGUACAAUCUAUUACCACAGAUUAAAAAAAUUUAGUUUACACA